CCCUUCCCCCCUUUCCUCUUCCCCCUCGCCUACCCUCUAAUUCACCAUCUGCCCAUCGACACAACCAGCAUGAAGGAGACCAUAAGGUGUUGCAUCUCUUGCAUCCUCCCCUGCGGCGCGCUCGAUGUCGUCCGCAUCGUCCACACCAACGGCCGCGUUGAAGAGAUCAGCCACCCCGUUUGCGCCGGCGAUAUCACCCGAGCCCACCCUCACCACGUUCUUCGCAAACCCCCUUCCCCGGCAUCCAUUGACGACGAUUUGACAGUUUCUGCGCCGUGGCGGGCGGUCAUUCUCCCGCCCUCUGCCGAGUUGCGGCGGGGCCAGAUUUACUUCCUCACGCCGGUUUCGGAGAAGAAGUCGGCAAGAGAGUCGAGGAGGGGGGAGUUGGGAGAGGAUGAGCGGAGGAAGGGGUUGGUGGUGAAACAGAGAGUUUUGAUGGAGAAGCAAAAGGAGAGGAGGCGGGGGAGGGUGGGAGUGUGGAGACCGCAGCUAGAGAGUAUUUCUGAGAUGAUGAUGACUCAUGAUUAAUUUAUAAGAGAGCGAG